GAGAGAGGCGGGACCCGCAUGCAGAGAAGUGAGCGCUGGAGCCCAACUCCUGGGGCUGCCGCUUGCAGAGACUUUUGUCCCGCGUUCGGUUUUAGGGAAUGGAUCUAACGCAGCGUUUGGUCUGGGAUGAAGAAGGGGAUCCUGACUAUUCCUCCGAUGGGGCUGGCGACUCUGAGAAGCACCCCAAGCCCGUGGGGCGCUUGCGGCUCCUGAGCAGCAAGUAUGGUCCCGAGAAAGAUUUCUGGAUCUACCCUGGGGAGAAUGUCAUUGGCCGUCUGGAAAGCUGUCAGGUCUGUUUGCCCACCGCAUCAGUUUCCAAAACUCACGCUGUGAUCGAGGUUCCUUCCCACAAGGGACCCCACCUGUUGUAUGACCUGGGAAGCCUGAACCGCACACGCCGGCAGCGCAUGGUGUUAAUCCCACAUGUCCGAUACAGCCUUCAGGAUGGAGACGCUCUGCUCUUUGGGGACGUGGGGUGCCAGUACUUUGUGCUGGUCCCGGAUGGCGCCGAUGAGUCGCUCGAUGAGUCCGCGGAGGUGCCACCUACACAGAAGAUUGUGGACGUUGGUGCUUUGGCCAUUGAGGAGACACCUGCACCGGGGAAGCGGAUGGGCUUUGGAGGAGUCCUGGUGCAGGAUUCCGACAAGGAGGAAGAUGGGGAGGAAUUAGUGAAUGGGGCAGGCAGGAGCCGACAUCUCCCAGCAAGUGAUGGGUCAGAUUCCUCUAUCAAAGAUGGUGCUGGAAGAUGCUCCGCUUUGGGUUCCUCUGUGUUCUUCUCUCCCUCUGCUACUGUCGUGCCUGAAAGUGAUGAAGAGAACGAGGAACCGUCUGGCAGCGAACCGCCUUGUCCAUCCCUGCGCCUGUUCCUUGAGAGCCAGGAUGGUACCCCAAGCCAAGAGGGGCAUCCUGUCCAGCCAAGAAUUACAGGGACAGGAGUGAAGUCCGGAGACUCGGCACUCCCAUCGAAGCCAAACUUCGUCAAUUCCCACCAGGACAGCGAUACAGGCGUGGAGGAUGAGCUGAGAGCGGGCAGCACCCCUGAAACGCCAAAGUCGGGGGGCCUGAGGGAAGGUGGCUGGGACUUAGAGGUGGGCAGCGACACGGAUGAGGAGGAGCCGGCGGUGGGGACUCCAGACGCUAGCUGUUGGAAGAGCCACCAAACGGUGAACAUCGCCACAGAUGUGGAGCGAGGAGAGAGCCCUGGGGUUGUGGGCUUGCAGGCGCACCGACCAGUUGAAAAUGGAGACAGUGACACCGAUGCAGAGGAAGGACUGGAGAAUCCAAUUGCUGCAUCUCCCGGAGGCCUUGAUCCCUGUCCCGUAAAGGAGGGGGUUGUCUGCAAAGGGGCCAAAGGUGUCGCGCAUCCCGGGGGCUGCUGCCAGCCCAAUGAGAAAGGGAGCGGUGACAGAGAUGGGGAAGAGACAGGAGCUAACCCAGAUGUGCAUGGAAGUAGGACCAAGAAGCCUGCUUUCGAGGAGGACAGCGACACAGAUGUGGAAGACCCGUCCCUCGACGUGGAGGAUCCAGCUGGGAUUACAAAGACCCACGAGGCUGCAGGGGACAGCGGUGGCGAUACAGAUGUGGAGAUGGCUGACUUGGCGCUGGAGAAUUCAAACGUUGCUCACAGCCCCCGUCCGUCAAGCUGCAAGCCCGUCGGGAGAAACGCAGGAGAGGUCUCCAUCGAGGAGGCUGCGUUGCCGGGCAACAGUCACCCGGGCAACGGUGUAAGGGAUGGUCCUGAUGCUGUAGGGGAGAGAAAGGAGCCUGAUGCUGAAGCCCAGAGGGGUUGUGAAGCUGCCAGUGGACAGGCCAGCGGUUUAGGUGGGAAGGAGCUCUUGGGGAAACCUGAGAGUCAACACUUGGCUGGUCUCUCUGUUGACAGUGAUACAGAUGUGGAAGAGGAGGAGGAGGCUGGGAAUCCAGAUGUGGGCUCAAACAAGGACCAUGCAGCCACUGGGCUCAGUGAAGGAUGUAUCCCUCUUGAGAAACCAGAUGUUUCUGGUCCUCAGGAGAUCUCCAGAACUGUUGAAGGGGAGGACGUCGACACAGAUGCGGAAGCGACGUCUCCAUCCCACAAGGAAUCUGUGGCUGAAGACAGCGACACGGACGUGGAGGGAGAGGCUGAACCGUUGCCCAGGAAGCCCUCGGAAGAGCAAGACACGCAGCUGGUCGCCGUGAAAUCCUGUCCGAAUGGGAAGAAGUCGACUGGCUCCACGGUGGAAGCAAGCGUCGGCCGUGAACCUAGCAAAGAGGAUGAAGAUACAGAUACAGAAGGAGAGGAGCCCCACCCAGGAGACGACAGCAACACUGAUGAGGAGCCUGACCUGGCUCUCCAGGACACUCAGUGUUUCUUGCCUGUCAAGACCUCCUCUCCUGUGGCUGCAAAGGCGAAAGGUGCCAAUUGUGCUCUCGAAGAGGCGGCUGCAAAGGCAUUUGUCUUUCAGUCCCCCUCUGUGCCAUGCAGACUCCGGGCUGCGAAAGAGAGCAGCUCCUUUCUGAAUGACGACGACUCGGAUGCUUACACGAUGGAAGCCACUCAGCCAUUCUGCCAGGACCCUGGGCGGCUCUUGGAAGACCCCACUCAGGACUUUCUUGGCAAAGAGGAGGAAGAUGCAGAACUAAUCUUGCCGCGUUCGUCCGAGCAGGCAACGCAGAUGGUAGUUUCAGGGUCGGCCUCUAGGGGGCAACAGGCGGCCAGCCUCCCAGGGACCAGCACUCCACAACUGCCCUGUUCUCAGCCUGCAUCGCAGCCAGUGGGGGGCGCUGCUUCCCAGGAGCUCAAGCAGGAAGAGGAAGCCCAGCUGAUCCAUGCAGGGCAGAUUCCUUCUGUUGACAACAGUCAACCCUCAACAUUGGCCGACGAGGUCUCCGGGAGCCCAAAACAGGAGGGUGUGACAGCCCCCGAAGGUGGAAGCAGUGAUGUGAAGUUAGAGGCACAGAACGAGGCAGCUCCUGUUGACAUUCAGUUGGAAGAAAGGAGCUCGGCUCCGGCAGGAGAAGCGAGGAAUUCUGAGCAGGUGCAACAGGAGCCGGCGGCCUCUGCUGUUGUCCCGCGGAGGCGUGGUCUGCGGUCUGCCAGCAGUACUGUUUCCCCAGCUCCUGUUCCAGAACGACCAACCCGUGGCCGUGUGGGAUCUGCUGAUGCGGGCGAGUCCAGGGAACCGGCAGCCCCUGUCGCCAGGCGCCAGGGGCUGCGGCAGCGGAAGAAGCCAACCCAACUUAUGGGAGAACCGGAAGAGGAGCCGGAGCAGUCGGAAGAAGAAGGACCGAGCCCCGGCAAGAAGACCAAGAACAGGGAACCGGCAGCCGCCCCGCGUCAAGGCCGAGCCAGGGGCUCGCAGAGGAAAACGGGGGCCGCCAUCAGGCUUCAGGAAGGGGCGCCAACAGCCAUAGACAGCCCUGGCCCCCGGGAGAGGACAAGGCGAGGGAAACAGGGAACAGCAGUCAAGCCUGCGGAAGAACAGGAGGCCCCGCGCCUGAGGACACGAGCAGCCAGCAGGCGGUCGAGCUGCUCUUCAGUGAGCGUGCCCAGCCCAAAGGAUUCUGGGAAAGAAGCCAAACCUGGGCAGGAGCCAGCGCAGUCCACUCCGUCCUCAGGAAGGAGGUCCCGGAAGCAGAGCACAGAGAGCAAGCCAGCGGGAACAAGAAGCCAGCCCCGGAGGCAAACCCAGGACUCGGGGGUCUUGGGCAGUCCUGUCCCAAAGGUGCUGUUCAUGGCGGGGACCGGCGAAGAAGGGGAGCACAUUGUGACGGAGCUGGGCGGCUCCUUGGCAGAGUCCGUCUUCGACUGCACCCACCUGGUGACGGACCGCAUCCGGCGUACGGUCAAGUUCCUGUGCGCAAUGGCGCGGGGCAUCCCCAUCGUGACCCUCAGCUGGCUGGAGAAGAGCCGGCAGAACUCCUUCUUCCUGGCCCCAAACAGCUUCCUCGUUUCCGACCCCGAGAAGGAGGAAUACUUCCGGUUCAAGCUCUCCGCGUCGCUGCAGAAGGCCCGGCAAGAGGGAGGCGUGCUCCAGGGCUACGAGAUCCACGUUACGCCUAACGUCAACCUGGAGCUGGAGGACAUGAGGAACAUUGUGCAGUGCGGCGGUGGCAAGUUCUUACCCAGAAUGCCUCGAGCCUACAAGGACAAGUGCGUUGUGAUUUCCUGUCCCGAAGACCUGCCCCGCUGCAAAGCAGCUCAGGACGCCAAGCUCCCCAUUGCCAACGCAGAGUUCAUCCUGACAGGUAUAUUGCAGCAGAAGCUGGAUGUGGACGCCCACCGGCUGAACGGGAUGAGCCCCCCCUCCGUUGCCACUCCCCCGACCAGGACGAGGAGGAAGAGAGCGGCUGCGGCACCAGCAACCCCAGCCUUGCCCAGCACAGCCAAGAGGCGGCGUUGAGACCGAAGCCCAGCCCGUUACAUGGCGACGUUGCCUUAAACUUGUAAAUAACUCUUUUGUGUUGUUUUUUUUUACCACUGUCAAUAAAAAAUGGGUAUAAAAAACAAC